AUGUCUCAGGCAGUCUUCGUGUGCGGCACGACGGGCAUCCAGGGCGGCGCAACCGCGAGGGCCCUCCUCACCAAGGGUGUCUCCGUCCACUCCGUCACACGCAAUGCCUCGUCAGCCAGAACCAAAGAAAUAACCGCCUUUGGCGUCAAGUUCUGGCCCGGCGACUUCGACAGCGAAGAGGCUCUCAAAUCGGCCAUCGCUGGGACUUCGUCAAUUUUCCUUAACUUCUUCCCCGACUUCACCGACAUGGGCGCCAACCUGCGCCAGGCCAAGCUCAUCAUGUUGAUCGCUCUCCGGCAGGAGCCGAGCAGGUGGUCUACACAAGCGGCCUCGGCGCUUUCAAACCCGAGCCAAUGGGCCAUCCUCCGACCUGGCGUGUUCAACUCCAACCUCAUCGCCCCCGGAAUCGCACAGUACGAUGAAUUCGCUCGGACCGGCGUGCUCGAGACGGCCUGGAAUGAAGACGCCAUGUAUCAUGGUGCCGCUAGAAACCAUCGGCGCCUUCAGCAGCUCGGCGAUCCUGAUCCGGCAGGCUUCCAUGCCAAAGAAAUCGACUACGCGGAUGAACUCGCGACCCCGGAGGACGUCCGCAAGAAGCUGGUUCAACGGCUGGCAAGCAGCUGAAGGCUAGACGCACAGACCCAACGAUGUCUAGGUACAUGUCUGAGGAGGAUCGAAGAGACCAAAGCACAGAACCCCUUCGUUGGCGGCCAAGUCUUGACUCGUGAGCUCUGGAAGCUGGUUGACACGAACCGCGUGCGUCAGCUGGGAAUCUCAGCACCUUCGACCGGUUCCUCGACGAGUACGGAUUACAAGGUGAUGUUGUCGCGACAUUUUCUGAGGCGCCUUGGAGGGUUCUCUUGCGCUGCUGCAUGCCCCAAGUUGCCAUUCUCUCGUUCCUAAGCUUUUCGAAUUCGGCGGAAAAUAAUAAAUGAAACAAUUGAGUUAAAUAUCGAAGAACAUUGUCUUGCACUUGGUUGCGUUUGAUGCCUCGGUGUUCGUUUGCACGAUUCGAAGGGAACACCGGG